UACGUAACAUUCCACAAAGGCCAUUUUGACGCCGAAAAACGAGUCUGGCUUGAACUCAGAAGACAAGUAAGACAUUUAAAACAUUUAUCGGAUUUGGGUUUAGCUCUGCCGGCAGGUUGUUUUUCCCUGCAUGCCGAGUGUGUGCUGUCUCAGCUGACCCGCCGGGCUCCGAUGGAGCGGGCUGACCGUGACAGAGGAGGCCGCCUGCUGAAGAACCAGCCGUACGACGAGAGCCUGGAUGUAGCGGACGCCGAGGAGGUACCGAGCGUGUACAGCCCGACUCCCCGCAGCCAGCCCCAGGUGGAGUUCAGGAGGAGUAGCAGGAGGGUUCACAGCCUGAUGUCGGCCCACAGCAGCAGCGACGAGUUUGACGAGGACCACGGGAGGGGGAAGGAGCCGGCAGGGGGGCGGCCAGAGGAGGAAGAAGAGGAUGAUGAUGAUGAAGAUGAUGACGACGACGACGAGGACUCUGAAGAUGACGAAUCGGAGGAGGACAGCAAGCUCCACAAGGCGCCGGAGGGCCUGUAUGAUCCCGCCGACUACGCCAACCUGCCCGUCAGCACCGACAUCAAAGAGCUGUUCCAGUACAUCACACGAUAUACCCCCGAGUCCGUGGAGCUGGAGCACAACCUGAAGCCGUUUAUCCCGGACUUCAUCCCCGCGGUGGGAGACAUCGACGCCUUCCUCAAGGUGCCGAGGCCCGAUGGCAAACCGGACAACCUGGGGCUGCUGUUUCUGGAUGAGCCCAGCGUGAAGCAGUCGGACCCGACGGUGCUGUCGCUGUUUCUGUCGGAGGAGACCAAGCAGCACGGCGCCACCAAGGUGAAGAAGGUGACGAGCAUUGCCAACCCUCAGAGCAACCCGCGGGCGGUGGACAGCUGGGUGGAGAGCAUCAGCGCGCUGCACCGCUCCAAGCCGCCAGCGAGCGUCCAGUACAGCCGACCGAUGCCUGACAUCGACAGCCUGAUGCAGGAGUGGCCAACCGAGCUGGAGGAGCUGCUGGACCGCCUGCAGCUGCCGUCCGCCCGCCUGAACUGUGACCUGCCGCAGUAUGCGGACAUCGUGUGCGGCCUGCUCGACAUCCCCGUCUGCGGCAGCCGCGUCCAGUCCCUGCACCUGCUCUUCAGCCUCUACCUGGAGUUCAGAGACUCACAGCACUUCACGCGCAGAGCUUAGUGGCUGGAAGUACGACAUCCAGAGGGUCACAAAAGUCUGUUCAGGAACUGAAAACUAACCCCAGAUGUGCCAGAUGUUCGACUCUUUUGUGGCUCCUUUAAGAGUUUUUAUUAGCUGAGAACCUGUUGCUCUGCUUUUGUUUAUUUCCUCAGUUUGUUUUCUGUUUGUCCUCUGAAAUAAAAGCCAUGUUCAGGCUCUUUGUAAAAACACAGCUUUCAAGCUUCAUCUAACCUAAGCUUACUUUCACUGCAAACCUGUGCAGUGAAAGUAAGCUUGAUAAACACUGUAAUAAACCAGCCGCUCAGAACAAGGUCACUGUCUGAACAUCUGUAAAGUCCUGAGCCUGCAAAAACAGUCUAUGUUACUCAAAGAUGCCCGUAUAUAUUAUAUGUAAUUAAUAAAGUAAACUCUGUGAGUAUAACCCAGUCAUAGAUUACAUAUUGUUAUAAUUACACAACCUGUGUUCUUUAUACCUGACUGUUAGGACCUUCAAGCCUGUAGUUAUAUUCAUUAUCAGUUAGAGCCCCUUCUCAUUGUUCUUCUUCGUCUUUGGUGCAACCCUAUAAAUACAGUACCCCUUUCUACAAUUCUCCUGUGGAAGAGGUGGGUUCUUUCCAGACCGUGUACAACACGCAUAUAAUUCAUAUUUAGCCACCCUGAUGUUUCUGAUUGCGAUUUUAGUUCAAUUAUUGUCAUCAUUAUGCCUGCUUUUUGUUAGACGCUAUAAAUGUGUAGUAUGUGUGUUCCACAAAUGUGUUUUAGGCGCCAUUAAUGCGAGCACGAAUAGAUAAUUAUGGCUAGCUUGGAUGUUGUGAUGGGUUGAGCUAACCCUUUCCCCCACUGUUUGUAUUUGGUUGUAGGAGCUGGAGCAAGCAAGUUAUUUACUUUGAGGUCUUCCUUUCUUUUACCUUUCUUUGUCAGGUAUGUCGGAUUUUUUGUUUGUGUUUUUUUUCCUUAUGUCAAAUAUGUUCCAUGUAAGUUCGUACUUUAUGUUUAAUGUAAAAAUAAAUGCAGCGCCUUUUCAACAAUUCCCCUGUGGGAGAGGGGCUGGAGCGAGCAAGUUA